AGACUAAACAAAGAUAUUAUUGACGCCAAACCCGCUUUACUAUAAAUAUUAAACCAUCGAAUGAUCGUUACAUAGCUGCUAUUUAUUCCGAUCACUCGUACAGUUUUAGAUAUUCUCAUCGAGUUCCAAGUUCCAGAGACUAUGGACAAGUUGGUGUUACUUCUCAUUUGUCUGCUCCCAGCACUGGCACUGGCUGGGAGAUCUCAAGACAGAUACAUAGAAGACACAGACGCUGAUAACAAUUUUCAAGACAGCGACUCGUAUGACACUGAUAAUUUUGAAGACAGCGACUCGUAUGACACUGAUAAUUUUCAAGACAGCGACUCGUAUGACACUGAUAAUUUUGAAGACAGCGACUCGUAUGACACUGAUCAUUUUGAAGACAGCGACUCGUAUGACACUGAUAAUUUUGAAGACAGCGACUCGUAUGACACUGAUAAUUUUGAAGACAGCGACUCGUAUGACACUGAUAAUUUUGAAGACAGCGACUCGUAUGACACUGAUAAUUUUGAAGACAGCGACUCGUAUGACACUGAUAAUUUUGAAGACAGCGAAUCGUAUGACACUGAUAAUUUUGAAGACAGCGACUCGUAUGACACUGAUAAUUUUGAAGACAGCGACUCGUAUGACACUGAUAAUUUUGAAGACAGCGACUCGUAUGACACUGAUAAUUUUGAAGACAGCGAAUCGUAUGACACUGAUAAUUUUGAAGACAGCGACUCGUAUGACACUGAUAAUUCUGAAGACAGCGACUCGUAUGACACUGAUAAUUCUGAAGACAGCGACUCGCAAGAAAGUGAUCCACAUGGCGAUGGUCAAAACCAUCAUGGAGGAGACACACAUAGUGAAGGUCGAUUGGGCAACGAUUAUCAAGCAGACGGCAACGGUGACGUCUUCGAUGAUCUAAAUGAUGACAAUACAAAUGGAUUCUUGCUAGAAAAGCUGGGACAGAGACUUGGAAAUCUCUACAGUGAUGAAGACUUUAAGACUAUGUUCCAUGAAACUGACACUGACCGCAGUGAUACCAUCUCCGUACAGGAGACUGCUGGUAUGUUUUCAAAAUACGACGCGGACCAUAACGGAGAGGUGACAAGGGCUGAGUACUUCAAGUAUAUCGAGCACCGUCUGCACUGGAUUUGGGAAAUCUUUGACCACGACGAAAACAACAUCCUGACCGACGAGGAUUUUGUGAAAAUGCACCAAGAAAUGGACACCGACAAGAAUGGCUUGGUGGACAUAUCCGAGUUUAUUGAUUACUUGUCCCGUUUGUUCAACCCUGAUUAUGUCAACCCGCCAUACGAACCGACCUACCCCCCACAUCAUCAAACUACGCAUAAGCAGCCCGCAACAACCCACAAACAACCCGCAACAACCCACAAACAACCCGCAACAACCCAUAAACAGAUCACCGUAGCACCAAAACAAACCACAACCACCAAAAAAGCCACCACAACCACCAAAAAAGCAACUACAACUACUAAGAAAGCCGCAGCAACCAAAAAACCCACAGGCUAAUUGAAACACGUGUCUUGGAAGUUCAAAGUUUCAAGCGUUAGAUUUAAGAUUACGAUGCAGACAAAAUAAAAAUUCAAUUGAAAAAAAAUGUGGAGUUUGAUGAAUGUGUGUGAACGAUAGAAAAAAUAAAACUCAAAAUAACAAGCUAUGAAAUGAAGUAAAAAAAGUAAAUAAAAAGACUUUCUUUAAAAAUAAAAAUACUAGCCGUCGGUACUUGAUACACGUGAAAUAAUAGCCUAUAUUUUUUAAUGUUGCACUU